AUGGUCCGCCCACUAUGCUGGACCGUGGCUGCGUUUCUUUUGGCACUUGUACAUCCCGUCCUAUCCUAUCCCGUCCGAAUAUCGCAAUGGACCAAAAUUCGCGAAGUUGCAGAUCCCAAAGAUCGAGGUGUAUGGAAGACCUUUACGAAAGAAAGAGGCUACUCGACUCUGUGGUCAGCACAGGCCGAAUUGAAACAGCAUUCUAUGAAACCUACAUUUAGCAAUGGCAAAUCGUCACUAGAAAAAGAACUUCCAGGCCGUCUCUAUAUCCGGGAAGAUUUUGAAGACAGUUCAAAGGUAGCGGUCCUUAUUCCAGUUUCACCUGCGUCCGUUCAGCCGCACCAAGACUACAAGGAGGAAGAGAAAACCAACUAUGAACCCGUUGAGGCCGCCAAGCUGGGAAAUAAGAAAUAUGGCGAAAUACUACGACACCCGAAGACACAAUUCAGCGCAAUUCACAGACACGAAACCGCAUACUACUCUGACUCCUCAUUGAGACUCUCCACCGGUCAAUAUAUCUCGUUCUUCUCCUACCGGGUCUCAUUUCCUUUCUUGAAAUUUGCACCGGUAUCUUUCUCUUCGUUUCCAUUGCCGGGGGUCUUCACGACGGUGAUAGUCCUUUUGGGUAUGGUCUGGAUUGCGAUUUUGACGAUUGGGCUGGUGGAGUUCGGCAAUUAUUUGUGGAAUGAGAGAGAGUCGACACGGGAGCCUGUGCAAUCGCAAGAUGAAAAUAGCCGGGAGGAACAUGACUCUCACUCUCGCGAGCCUAGAGAAAUGUCAAAGAUGCCUCUAGAGCUACUCGUCAUUCCAGGGCCCUCUGAUCAAGAAGAUGACCAUGGCGAAGACGCUUCUCUACUGUCGAGCUGCUCGGACUCGGGGUCAGAGGCAGAGGAUGAUUAUCGCAUCCACUGA